AGAUACAGACACAGACACAGACUGAGAGAGUGAGAGAGAAAUUUGAAAGAAAAGGAUCUGUUGCCUCCCCCAAAAUAAAAGCAGAUAGAGCUGAGUGUCCUCGGGAUGUCAGUGGGCAGAGCUGGAGAGGACAGUCUGAACAGUUCCUGGGUGGAACUGCACUACAUUCAGUGUGGCCUGGAGCACGUUCCCUCCUCAUCCUCCAUCCACAACGGGGACAUGGAGAGAAUCUUACUGGAUGCUCAGCACGAGGUGGAGAGGAGUGGCUCCCAGUGCAACAGCCCUCUGUUACAGAUGAGCCCUUCACUUCACCCGCUCCCUGCCGAACCUGAGAUCCAGAGCAUCGGAGACCGCAACAGCACACAGGUGUGUACUCCGGGGACAGGAAAUGAAGAGGAAAUGGAAGGGGAAGGGAAAUGGAAAAGGAAGCCACAGUCGGAUGAGGAGACCCAGGAGAAGAAUGGAGAGACUGAGACGCUGCAGAACAAUGCUGAGUGUAUGUGGUACUGGUCAAGUCGACCAGAGAACUUCCCUCCAAAGGAGUUUGUGUUUAAACAUCCUAAGCCCCCAUCCAGUCUGGGUGUAAAUAAGACCAGUGUGAUGAAAAUGAAGAAAAACAAGAUCUUCAGCUCCCCAUUUGUGAUGUUCUUCAUUCCCUCUCUCCUGGUGACUCACCUACUGACCCUGGGAGUCGGAAUCUACAUCGGAAAAAGACUGGCUGCAUCGUCUGCGAGCGCAUUGUAACAAAUCGCUGCCCCCCCCCAACAAAAGAGCGAACCGGAAAGGGAAUAUAAAUCUCAUCCCAAUAUGUUUAUCUCUCACCCUGCCCUUC